AUGAAUAAAGAUGGCUAUGAUGGGUUUGUUUUUGCCAUAACAAAAAAAGAAAAAGCAGGAGAUUUGCGAAAAUCUCGAUAUGAUCUGGGAGAUUUUACUAAACAAAGUAACAAUAACCUGCUUCCAAGUACGGUGAAUAUUCAAAGCGAAUCUCCGGAUAUUACUGAAACGAUCCUCACCAAUAGAGUUGUAGAUUUGGUGAAAGCAACUGCUAAAUAUUUGAAUGCUGUAAUAAUUAGCGAUCAGCCGCGUCUCAGACCUGAAAAACCUAUCGAUGAUCAACCAAAAUUGAUUACAAUUAUAGCUGAGAUACCGUCAUCGCAAGUUGAUGAGACUACGCCUGUUUCAGAGUUACUCAUGUUUUUGAUUGAUUGGAUUCCCUCUAGUUGCAUUUUCAGAGGAGAGGCUAAAAUAAAAAUCACCAAGAAUAGGGAAGAAGCUGAGAAGAAGAUACAAAAGGGAUUAGAAUCUGAAAGGCAGGAGGCUAUUCAACAGAAGAAAGCAGAGAAAAAACGGGCAGAAGCAGAACGUGUCGCUAAACUUUCACCGGAAGAACAAAGAAAG